UUAGCCCGCUCAUCAGGUUUCAGAAACUUCCCAGUCGUGGAGCAAAUCCUCAAKGAACAAGAGGCCAAUGGUCUUUGGCUAGAAGGUGAUCCUACUGUGGAAGAUGAAGGUCCACCGUCACUGGUACCAGAGGAAGAACAGCCAUUGCAGCCUUUUGGUCAGAUGACAGACAAGGGAGUGGAGACAUGUUCAGCACCACUGGUCAUUAAACAGGAGGAAACGGAUGAUGAUGUCAUGGAGUCUCAAGGUUACAGUGUGUGGAUGCCAGAGACUCACAAGACCAACCAGAAUAUCACAGGAGAAAGUGAUGAGUACGAGAGAAGUCAAGCCUCUAGGGGAUCCAAAGAACUUGGACUCGACGACUUUAAGAAAGAACAGAGUCUGUUGCUGGUGUCAAUUGAGGAUGCUGCAGCUCCCACAAAGAAGAAGAAAUAUAACAUAAGAUACACCUGUAAAAUAUGUGGAAAGACUGGGACCAAGAAAGGCAGAAUGACAAGUCACUUGAUAACACACGAAGGGCCUUCUAGUUGUGAUAUUUGUGAUGAGAAAUUCAAGCAUCAGAAUGGCUUGAAUAAGCACAAGCUACUCAAACACAGUGUGAAACCCUACAGUUGCUUUGUGUGCGGAAAGAUGUUUUUAUAUUCUAAAAUACGUGACUACCAUGAGCGCAUACACGUUGGAGAAGACUACUGGUGCGUGCGCGUACUGUUGGCCAAGACGUUCAAGGAGCGCCACGGAUCGCGACAUCGGCCACGAGUGCAUUGUUUGCAAGGGAGACCGGCCCUACCUUGCUCCGAGUGCAACAAGGACUUCUGA